UUAUAUAUAUAUGCAACAUUUAAACAUAUAAAGAGUAAUGAAUAAUCUAAAAGUUAUUCUACAUAUAAAGAUAAUGAAUAAUCUGAAAGUUAUUCAUUACAAGUAUAAUUAAAAGUUACACCCCCACACAAUUUGUCAAAAUUAAGAUGAAAUGACAAAUGAAUGGCUUGAAUGAAACUAACAGACAAAAACAAAAGUCAAUAUCCAACAGGAUUAAUCGUAAACAAUGGACAUAUUUGGUACAUAACUACAUUAGUUCUGAAAUAAAAAGCGGGACCAACUAACCCAUCAAACUAACUGCUUCAAAGUCCAAACCCCCUUCCACUUGUAGUUUUACAUCUAACCCUUUCACUUAGAAAAUACAGAGUACUAUCCCGCGUUUAUGUACCCUGUAUCUAUAUGACAGACAUACAUAACGCAUAAACGUAUAAUACACCCGAGUAUAUAAUAGACUAUUCGACACCAUACACCUUUUAUAACUUUUAUAAGGUUCCUUUCUUUUUGUUUUAACUACUUCCAAGAAGAGGAAAAGUAAACUCUCAACUGCAACUUAAAAAAAAGGGAGAAAAAUGGCAAGACAUAGAUGUUACCUUGAUGUAAGCAUUGGCGAUGAACUCGAAGGUAGGAUUGUCGUAGAGCUUUACAACGACGUCGUUCCCAAAACCGCCGAGAAUUUCCGAGCUCUUUGUACCGGCGAAAAAGGCAUCGGACCUCAUACCGGCGUCCCUCUUCAUUACAAGGGAUGUCGAUUUCAUCGUGUUGUAAAGAGUUUUAUGAUUCAAGGAGGAGACAUUUCAGCUGGGGAUGGUACUGGAGGGGAGUCUAUUUAUGGAUUAAAAUUCGAGGAUGAAAAUUUUGAGUUGAAACAUGAACGGAAAGGAAUGUUAUCAAUGGCUAAUAGUGGACCUAAUACUAAUGGGUCUCAGUUUUUUAUUACUACUACUAGGACUCCACAUUUAGAUGGGAAACAUGUAGUGUUUGGUAGAGUGAUCAAAGGUAUGGGUGUUGUUCGAUCCAUCGAACAUGUCAAUAACGAUGAUGAUGAUGAUGAACGCCCUUCCAAGGAUGUUAUUAUUGUUGAUUGUGGAGAAAUUCUUGAAGGGGCUGAUGAUGGAGUUUCGAAUUUUUAUAAAGACGGUGAUAGUUAUCCGGAUUGGCCUGCUGAUCUUGACCAUUGUCCUGAUGAACUUUCUUGGUGGACUGAUGCUGUUGACUCUAUUAAGUCUCUUGGAAAUGAACAUUUUAAGAAACAAGACUAUAAGAUGGCUCUCAGAAAGUACAGGAAAGCACAACGGUAUUUGGAUUUAUGCUGGGAGAAAGAUGGGGUUGAUGAAGAGAAAAGUUCAGCCUUGAGAAAGAUUAAGUCUCAGAUUUUCACAAACAGUUCUGCUUGUAAGUUGAAGCUUGGAGAUUUAAAGGGUGCUUUGUUGGACACUGAAUUUGCUAUGCGUGAUGAGGAUAAUGUCAAGGCUUUGUUUCGCCAAGGACAGGCCCAUAUGGCUCUUAACGACAUAGAUGCUGCGGUUAUAAGUUUCAAGAAGGCAUUAGAUCUGGAGCCUAAUGAUGCUGGAAUAAAGAGAGAGCUAGCAGCAGCAAAAAAGAAGAUUGCUGAUCGACGUGACCGGGAAAAGAAAGCCUUCUCUAAGAUGUUCCAAUAGCUCUCCUAUACUAUUUGGGUUGAUGCUGUUAGCGGGUUCAGGCAUGCUUUACAGGCUUCGCUCCAUCUUAAAUGAGCGACCUAAAGUUUGUGGUGAAAUGCUGUUGAAAACAUCGGGGUGCUGCCUGCAAAGUACAAAGCCUGAGCCAGGUUUGCUGAGGAAGUUCAGAAAUCAGAACUCUGCUUCAGUAAAGCCUUCGAGAGGGAAACGAGGGGAUGGGAGGAUGAAAGAGUUCAGUUCUUUUACAAAAAACAGUUAUACUGAAAAUGAAAUCUAUUUGUAAUUUUGCCUUUCCAUUUUAUUGAUGUGUGGUGGUGACUGUUACUGGUGAAUGGUGAUGCCCAUUCAUCCCGUUAAAUCUGGUGGAAUGAAAUUGGACUCAUUUUUUUCAAUUCAAUUUCUUUUCUUUGUU